GUCGGACGCAUUUCCCUGUAACACAGGAAGUAAGAUGUCAAUGACAGCCGUGUAAACUCUCCAGCUGUUCAGUCCUCAUUUGUUUUACGGAUUAUUCAGAAAGACGAUGUGGACAAUAAACUUGAGCCACACCUGCAGAUGAGGACGCUCCUUUUUGUGUCUUGGGUGGUGUUCUACAUUUCACUUCUCUUAGUAGCUCGAAGAAUGUGGACUGGAAAGUAUUCACGGAGCCCUCUCGCUCGAACGCUUAUAAUGAACGCCUUAACCAGCUCGGAUUUUAAUGACCAGGGGAUGCCAGAGUGGUAUCGCUGUUGUCCUGACCUGUUAGGGGAGAAGAUUCGGCCCUUGUUUGUGCUGAGUCAGUUAGAUGGCGAGACUCAAGCUUUCCUUGAGAGGAGUGUGGAGAAGUCUGGCUGGGUCUUUACUCAACUCUACCACUCCUUCUUCUCCAGCAUAUUCAGCCCCAUCAUCUCACGGACAUCCAUCAAUGGGUUUCUGGGACGAGGCUCCAUGUUUGUUUUCUCGCAGGAACAAUUUCGCCAACUUCUCCAGAUCCGUCCAGACUGGAAAGGAGAAAAGCUGCUGGAUCUCGGAGCUGGGGAUGGAGGUGUCACUGAUGUGAUGGGCUCUCAUUUUAAAGAAGUUUAUGCCACUGAGGUGUCACUUCCAAUGAGGUGGCAGCUCCAGAGAAAGAACUACAGGUUGUUGGAAAUUGAUGAGUGGCAAAAGACAGGUUUCCAGUACGACGUUAUCAGCUGUCUGAACCUCUUGGACCGGUGUGAUGAACCUUCACAGCUGCUCAGGGACAUCAAGAAUGCUCUGGUACCCGGUACAGGACGGCUGAUCCUUGCAGUCGUUCUACCUUUUCAGCCUUACGUGGAAAUAAGAGGAAGAUGGGUGCGUCCAUCAGAGCACAUUCAGGUGAAAGGAACCACUUGGGAGGAGCAAGUUAAGAACCUGUCCGAUGACAUAUUCCAUACUGUUGGAUUUGAGGUGGAAGCAGUGACACGCCUACCGUAUUUAUGUGAGGGAGACAUGCACCAGGAUUAUUAUGUGUUAGAUGAUGCAGUGUUUGUUCUGAAGCCUCAGGAAUGAGGUCCCGUUUGAAGCCGGUCCUCGGGACGUAUAUAGAGAAUUAUAUCUGCAUUGAAAUCCUUUACUGAAUAUGCUGAAGUAGAAAAAAAAAAUCGUCUAAUGUAGUAAGAGGAUAUUAAAGCCAUAGUAAGAACUUUUCUUUUAAAGUUAUUUUGGUGAACGGUAUACAUUUUGCAUGUUAUGAAAGUAUUUUAAAUGAUGAAUCAUGAAUUUACUGCAAUGUUAAGAACCGCCUUCGAGACUUAAGAUGUAAUCCAGGCAACUGUAGACGGUGGAUACGAUAAAUUCCUGCUGUCUGUUACAACACUGGGCCGCUUGGCCUGUUGUGCCUACCUUGCGUACUUUACCUUGUGUCUUCAAUGAAGCAUCGGUAAAGCUAUGCUCAGACCUCAUUUAAACAAUAUCGUAUAACUGAUGCACAGUUUUUAGGAUUUGUUUACAUGAUCUUUAGAUUCAUUUCCAGCCAAGUGCUGGACUGGUGCUGUUGUAUUUCAUUAACGAUGGCUGGUCUGUUCAUAAUACAUAAUGUAUUAAAGUAUUUUCAAUAAAAAAAUAAUACAA